UAGUAUUACGUAAUAUACAUGCGACAGUAUGUUUUUUUCCCCUUCUAAUUCUAAACAUCCGGCGGUUUGCUGUUCGGUUGAUAUCUAGCCAAGUGAUAAGCUACAGAUUAAGGACAGUUGUAUGGUGAUGGAGGAGGAACAACCUCAAGAGGACUGCGCCCAACCUCAGCCCUCCGCGUCCUGCUCCAAGAAGCCAGACAAGCCCCUCUACCAGCCCAAGAAGAAGCAGGACGGCCCCAAAGAUAAGGCUCAAACCCAGGGAGACGGCAAACCAAAGCCCAGGCCUCGCUACACGGACAAGGCCCGAAAGAAUGCCAAGAACAAGAAGGACAAAGGAGGGAAGACGGGAGGAGACGGGAAUGGAGUCCUAAACGGUGAGGCCAAACUGGAGGAGACGGUAGAAGAAGGAGGAGGCAACGCGGGGCCACAGAAUGACGGACAGGCUGCUACAGCCAACCAGGGAGGAGAUGGAGAUGUGGGUUCGCGACUGGAGACGGGGAGCAAGAGUUCUCCGUCUGAGAGAGAAGGGGGACCCCGGGAGGGGAUAGAGGCAGGCCCUCAGGAAGAGGAGGAUGAGGAGAGCUGGGACGCUCUCUUUGAUGACGAAGGAGAGUGUUUGGAACCCCAUGUGCUAGAGGAGCUGGCCAUAAAGCAGGGCAGGAAGAAGCGGCCGGUGCAGGAGGCCAGGUUUGACUACUACAGCUUGGAUCAGGACAGAGAGGGGGAUGAUGACACUGAGCUCACGGAGGAUGAGUUGUCUAACAUCAUAGAAAUCUACGACUUCCCCACAGAGUUUAAGACUGAAGACCUGGUCAAAUCCUUCCAGGCCUACCAGCAGAGAGGCUUUGACAUCCAGUUUGUGGACGAUACACACGCCCUGGCUCUCUUCAACAGCCCCAUAGCAGCUCGGGAGGCUCUGAGGACCAAACACCCGCUGUUGAAGGUCAGGUCUCUGGCUAAAGCCUCCGUCACCACCAGGGCCAAGGCUCGCAGCUGCUCAGACUACCUGCUCCCUACUAAGGAGCGUCCCCAGACCAGUGCAGUGUUGGCCCGCAGGCUGGUGAUGGGGGCGCUGGGCGUCAAGAGUCCCCAGAGCAAAGAGCACCGUGAAGCAGAGAGAAAAAAACUGCAAGAUGCCAGAGAAGCGUCUGGCAGCUAAACAGAGAGACGACGCCUGGGAAGGGAAAGCCUGAUGGAGAGGAACCACUUCCCGGCUUCUGCCCUCCAUCCCAUCCUCCCUUCACCGUAGGGACUAGACACACCUCUGUCCCCUCUGCCCUCCAUCCUCCCUCCACCGUAGGGACUAGACACACCUCUGUCCCCUCUGCCCUCCAUCCCAUCCUCCCUCCACUGUAGGGACUAGAUACACCUCUGUCCCCUCUGCCCUCCAUCCCAUCCUCCCUCCACCGUAGGGACUAGACACACCUCUGUCCCCUCUGCCCUCCAUCCUCCCUCCACCGUAGGGACUAGACACACCUCUGUUCCCUCUGCCCUCUGCCCUCCAUCCCAUCCUCCCUCCACCGUAGGGACUAGACACACCUCUGUCCCCUCUGCCCUCCAUCCUCCCUCCACCGUAGGGACUAGACACACCUCUGUCCCCUCUGCCCUCCAUCCCAUCCUCCCUUCACCGUAGGGACUAGACACACCUCUGUCCCCUCUGCCCUCCAUCCCAUCCUCCCUCCACCGUAGGGACUAGACACACCUCUGUCCCCUCUGCCCUCCAUCCUCCCUUCACCGUAGGGACUAGACACACCUCUGUCCCCUCUGCCCUCCAUCCCAUCCUCCCUCCACCGUAGGGACUAGACACACCUCUGUCCCCUCUGCCCUCCAUCCUCCCUUCACUGUAGGGACUAGACACACCUCUGUUCCCUCUGCCCUCCAUCCCAUCCUCCCUUCACCGUAGGGACUAGACACACCUCUGUCCCCUCUGCCCUCCAUCCCAUCCUCCCUCCACCGUAGGGACUAGACACACCUCUGUCCCCUCUGCCCUCCAUCCUCCCUUCACCGUAGGGACUAGACACACCUCUGUUCCCUCUGCCCUCCAUCCUCCCUCCACUGUAGGGACUAGACACACCUCUGUCCCCUCUGCCCUCCAUCCUCCCUCCACCGUAGGGACUAGACACACCUCUGUUCCCUCUGCCCUCCAUCCUCCCUCCACCGUAGGGACUAGACACACCUCUGUUCCCUCUGCCCUCCAUCCUCCCUCCACCGUAGGGACUAGACACACCUCUGUCCCCUCUGCCCUCCAUCCCAUCCUCCCUCCACCGUAGGGACUAGACACACCUCUGUUCCCUCUGCCCUCCAUCCUCCCUCCACUGUAGGGACUAGACACACCUCUGUCCCCUCUGCCCUCCAUCCCAUCCUCCCUUCACCAUAGGGACUAGACACACCUCUGUCCCCCUCCCCCCCUACACAGGGCAGCUGUACUGAAGCCACACUGGACUGAACAGAACUGAACUCAGCCAAAGCCCAGAGUUUGUUGGCAGAACUUUUUCUCUUGAAACCUGGUCAGCUUUAGAUUAAUCAUCACUACUAACAUUGAUAACAGGGUCAUAUGGAGGUUAGGGGUCAUAUGGAGGUUAGGGGUCAUAUGGAGGUUAGGGGUCAUAUGGGAGGCUCCCAUGCAGGGUAACCAGGGUUAUUAUGGAUGAGCGUAUAGUACAGGGAUGCGCUGCGGGGUUUUGCACCCACCCAAAACACCUGCUGUGCUGAUUCACCUAAUUCAUGAAGAAUAGUUUUAUUUGUUGUUUUGUUAGUGGUGGGCUGGAACAAAACCCUGCACACAUACAGCAGACUGAUGGCCCUGUGUAAGACGUGAUGUUAUCAACAACCACCAGUGGAUGCUAGACAGAACAGUGUGACAGUUAAACAGUAAGGUGGUGUCCCCUCCAGGGGUCAGCUCCAUUUAGAUUCCACUCACAGAACAGUGUGACAGUUAAACAGUAAGGUGGUGUCCCCUCCAGGGGUCAGCUCCAUUUAGAUUCCACUCACAGAACAGUGUGACAGUUAAACAGUAAGGUGGUGUCCCCUCCAGGGGUCAGCUCCAUUUAGAUUCCACUCACAGAACAGUGUGACAGUUAAACAGUAAGGUGGUGUCCCCUCCAGGGGUCAGCUCCAUUUAGAUUCCACUCACAGAACAGUGUGACAGUUAAACAGUAAGGUGGUGUCCCUUCCAGGAGUCGGCUCCAUUUAGAUUCCACUCACAGAACAGUGUGACAGUUAAACAGUAAGGUGGUGUCCCCUCCAGUUAGACAGAACAGUGUGACAGUUAAACAGUAAGGUGGUGUCCCCUCCAGGGGUCAGCUCCAUUUAGAUUCCACUCACAGAACAGUGUGACAGUUAAACAGUAAGGUGGUGUCCCCUCCAGGGGUCAGCUCCAUUUAGAUUCCACUCACAGAACAGUGUGACAGUUAAACAGUAAGGUGGUGUCCCCUCCAGGGGUCAGCUCCAUUUAGAUUCCAGCCAGUUCAGAAACUGAAGCGCGUUCCAAGUCCACAUUCUCCUCAUUGAAAAGCAUUGAGGAGAAUUGGAAUUGGAAUUCCGCUGUACUUCCUGAAUUGACAGGAAUUCAAAUGAAACUGAC